AUGUCUCUGGACUUCAACUGGUGGAUACGACGGUUUAAGACGCGGGGCCGCGUCUCUAUGUCAUUCAUCCAUGUUUGGUCACAGUUGUAUCUGGGUGGUGUCCAUUUGUUCGUAUUCUUGAUCACUGUUUCACCUCAGGCUCUUUCAGCUUGCAAGCCUCACAACACGACCCAUAGACAACGACGCCAGGCUGAUGGAGAGACCAUAUCAAAGCUGAAACGCAAUUGGCGCACAUUGAAAGCAUUGCAUAUCCUCAAUAAUAUCGACUCCCAGAUUCAGCGAUGCUUUCGCUUAUUGUUGCAUCCCUGUAACCUUGAUGACAUUGGUUCUAUGAAGAACAUCAAUGGAGGGGCAGAUGCUGUAAUUGCACAAAAGAAGGCAAUCGCAGCACAGAUGGAUGACUUGGCUACCCAGCUCGGCAGCUACCAGGAUGUGCUGCAAGUACCCAUAGAGAUUAAUACCGACGCUCUGCAGCAAGCUCCAGUUGACCGCUCAGACGAGAUCAGCCAAGUUGUCUUGUUCCUUUGCGUGGCAUGCAAAGUUGUCAUGGGGGUCGGACGGCAGUCUUGA